GUACGGAGUCAACUCAACCCGAUCAAAUGGCAUCAGCAGUCCCGCCACAACUAAGGCCAUUGUUCGCCAUCCCUCGCAUCUCGGAACCCUCGACGUAAAUGGACCACUCAGAUGAACAACAAUGCUUAUUGUACUCCUAGAUUCGCCCAUUUCCAUCAUCCUCACUAUCAUCCUGCUUAUCCUCAUCUUUCGCUUUGCCCUACUCUUCUUCUUCCUCGUCCUCCUCUUUAUUCUCUGCUCCGACCUCAUUCACCUCAUUUUCGACAUUCUCUGCCCCUCAUGACCAAUCCUCAGGCCGCGACAGAGGAUUUCACCCAGCCCUCAACCAGAACGGUGAGGGUUGUGGUGAAGGGGAGGGUGCAGGGGGUGUUCUACAGGAACUGGACAGUGGAGAAUGCCGUCCAAUUGGGGCUGAAAGGUUGGGUGCGGAACAAGAGGGAUGGCUCUGUUGAAGCUCUGUUCUCUGGGAACCCUGAUGCCGUUCAGGAGAUGGAGCGAAGGUGUCGUCGGGGCCCACCAGAUGCAAUGGUUACUGGGCUCCAGGUUUUUCCUACCAGCGAUGAUCCUGGCUUUGGAUUUCAGCGCAAACGAACAGAGUGAUCAACCUUUGUAACAACAUUGUACCAAUUGCUCUGCUACGGAGGAUUGUAUCCUUGGCCAGUGGUGAUAACAAGACUUGUAGAAUCAACAUGCAUGUUCAAAUGUUGGAAAGCUUGGAUGCUGAAAACCUGGUUUUUAACAUGUCGUUAACCCACCUGAGGGUAGCCUAAGUGGUAAGGGCGAAGUUGUGUGCAUGAGCCCCAUGUCACAGGUUAGAUCCCCUGCAAUUUAAGUGGGAGGCAAUGGCUGUGGGUUGCUGUGCUAGUCUCCCCAGAGGUUUAGGUUCCACAGGUGAGUCCUAAAGGCUCUGCCGUGGGGUGGUUCCCCGUCAUUAAAAAAAAAAAAUGCCUUUACUUGUAAUCUAAACAAUGUUUCAGUUUCUUUCAUCAGCUAGAUGGUUUCUGCUUUCCAUAUAGAGAGUCUUUAAGUGAGGCUUUGCAUAGCACAGCUAUGAAGUCCUCAUUAUCUGUCAAAGAGAUUAUGAUAGAUGUGGGUUCUCCACGGAAAAGGAAAUUCUGUCUGAUGUUAUCAAUGCAAUGAUUUUUGAAUUUCAGCGGAGGAUCUCAUACUUGGGUGAUUGUGAUGUUAACAAGAAUCAACAUGCAUAUUCAAAUGUUGAAAAGUUCAAAUGAUGUUGAAAGCCUGGUUCAUGCUUUUUUAUUUAUUUAUUGAU